AUGGCUGCCCACGCCGUGACGCUCGGCAAGAGCGCGAUGAGCCUCCCGCGGGAGAACUCCUCCGUUGCCUCGAGAUCCACGCGAGGAAGCUUCAAAGCCGACGACAGCGCAGUAUCCAUCAACUGGAAUGAUCUGAACUACCCGCCAGGCAUCCGCUUGGUGCACUUCGACCCCGACGAACUGCCCACCGACGUCGCGCGCCUCGCCCGCGUGCUUCACUGGAUGUUCCUGCUCGCUUUCGUCGAACUCCUCAUCAACGUCACCCACACUGUUGUGCUGGUUAUUGGGGGCAUGCCGGCGACGCGCGUGGGGUACGCCAUCCUCGACGCGGUCAUCCUUGCUCCCUCCUUCGGGACAACCUUCUACCAAGGCUAUGUCGCGCUAGUGAGCUCAGAUGAUAAGACGAAGAGGCGAUAUUUCUUCUGCCAGGCAAUCUGCCUCAUAAUCUCGCUCUUCUUUGCGGUAUCACCUCUUGGAGCGACGAACGGCCUGGCUGCCUUGAGCUCGUUGCACCAGAGAGUCCGGCGCUAUCAGCUCUCGAAGGGCAUGAAAGCUUUUUGGAUCUACGCAGUCAGCCUCGAGUCCACCUUCUGGAUCACCGUCUUUUGUCUGGGCGUCUGGGGACUUGCGGGCGUGAAGCGCUUCAACCCCUUCCACUCCGAGGCUGCGAGGAAUUCUGCGUGA